AUGCCUCGUUGGCAUAAAGAAGUCUGCUCUAGUCCAAGAGUUGUUAUUGCUGGUAAUACUCCACGCUGUGAGGCAUGCGAUAGUGUCCCCGAUAUACAAAAGUACAUCAAUCAGCAAAGGUCUAUUCCUUCUUUUACCCAACCUCCACCUGACCCUCCUCUGGGGCAGCUAAACCUCCGUUGGCCUGGCUCAAUAAAGUACCAGCAGCAGCCUACAAAAGCUGUACAGCUUGAUGGCGGCCCAUCAGCAAAUAAGCAAAGCUUAGAUGUCAUCGAACCGGGAGAUAACAAAAAGGUCGUUCAGUCUCCCAUCUAUGCCUCGAAAUUGGGAAAAGACGAGUUCAGACUACUCUUUCUGAGUCCCUCUACUGAUCAUUACGCCCCUGUACACGCCGAGCUAGUGGUACAUCAGGAUGGCCGAUCCCCGCAAUACGAGUCAACAUCCUACACGUGGGCUGGAGAGAAUGGUGACAGCUCCAAGUGCAGACCGUUGUACAUUGGACGGUAUUGGGAUGUUGCUUUGCAGACCCAGAACUGCUGGUAUAUGCUGCAGUCAUUACGGCUCCCGAUAGGCACUCGUGCUGUCUGGGUUGACGCCAUCUGCAUCAAUCAGAACGACAUUGAGGAAAGGGAUUCACAAGUGAUGAAAAUGUCACAAAUGUACAAGAAUUGUCAUCGAGUCGUAGUUUACCUCGGCCCAGACAUGGCAACAUCCAUUCCAGCAAGUUAUCCAGCCCAGAAGGAAUUAGUCCUGAGCAACUCUCAAGCAUCAACUGGAAUAUCGCCUAACUCUUUCCGCGAGCUCCUUUGCAGGCGGUACUUUAGCCGCGUUUGGGUUGUACAAGAGCUCGUUUUGGCCAGAAGAGUAGCAAUUCAGAUCGGGGAUUCAGAAUACUGGAUGGACUCUACUACGAUGAGAUUCAUGAAAACCCAUAACAACUGGGAUUGGAACUCAACUAGUGCCCCAUGGCUCCAAAAUGUUGGUUUAGAGAGAUUGCAGAAAACCAAUAUCUUUCAUAUCCUUCGAGCAACGCGCAUGUGCCAGUGCGCCGAUCCGCGUGAUAGGGUCUUUGGAAUCCUCUCCUUGCUUAACGAUAACUCUUCCGACUCUGAUCUCCGCGCAGACUAUUCUUUAUAA